UGUCAGCUUCCUGCUCCUCCUCCAGCCAUGCAGGUUCAGUUCCCAUUUGAUGAAGAGGAGGAGGAGGAGCGUGGCCUCGUGAUGAAGAGCAAAGACCCAGAUCCAGACACGUUUGUUUACAUGAACUUCAUGAAGACUCACUGCUGCUACGAUGCCAUACCGACCAGCUCCAAACUGGUCAUCUUUGACACUACACUGCAGGUGAAGAAGGCUUUCUUUGCUCUGGUGGCUAACGGCGUGCGAGCUGCUCCACUAUGGGACAGCAAGCUGCAGAGUUUUGUAGGUAUGCUGACAAUCACCGACUUCAUUAACAUCCUCCAUCGUUACUACAAAUCUCCUCUGGUUCAGAUUUACGAGCUGGAGGAGCACAAGAUCGAGACGUGGAGAGAAAUCUACUUGGAGUAUUCUGUCAAGAGCCUGAUCAGCAUCACACCUGACGCCAGUCUGUUCGAGGCGAUCUAUUCCUUGUUGAAGAACAAAAUCCACCGGCUACCCGUCAUCGACCCCGAGAGCGGGAACGUCCUGCACAUCCUGACACACAAACGCAUCCUCAAGUUCCUGCACAUCUUCGGUUCAAUGAUCCCAAAGCCGAGGUUCCUGCAGAGGCGAAUGUGCGAGGUGGCGAUUGGGACGUUCCGACAGGUCGCCACAGUGCAGGAGUCUGCAUCGGUGUACGACGCGCUGACCAUCUUCGUGGAGAGAAGAGUGUCUGCUCUGCCUGUUGUCAAUGAGGAAGGUAAAGUGGUGGCGCUGUACUCCAGGUUUGAUGUCAUUAACCUGGCGGCGCAGAAGAACUACAACAACCUGAACAUGACGAUGCGGGAGGUCAUCGACUCCAGAGCGUGCUGCGUGGAGGGCGUCCUGAAGUGCUACGGCCACGAGACGCUGGAGACCGUCAUCGACCGCAUCGCCCAGGCCGAGGUCCAUCGUCUGGUGUUGGUUGACCUUGAUGAUGUGGUGAGGGGGAUCGUCUCUCUGUCGGACCUCCUGCAGGCGCUGGUCCUCACCCCUGCAGGUAUCGAUGCACUUUUCUCCUAA